UAGGAACCAAGAUGGCUGAUGUGGCUUCUCUUCCCAAGUCCGGAGUGCCUCCGCCGCCCGAGGGGGUGGGAGGAGGCGGCUGUUCUGAAAUCUCUACCGAGCUCAUUCGUUCCCUGACCGACCUGCAGGAGCUGGAGGCUGUGUACGAACGGCUCUGCGGCGAGGAGAAAGUGGUGGAAAAAGAGCUGGAUGAUCUUUUGGAACAGCAAAACACUAUUGAAAAUAAGAUGGUCAAUCUCCACCGAAUGGGUCCCAAUCUGCAGCUGAUUGAGGGAGAUGCUAAGCAGCUGGCUGGAAUGAUCACCUUUACCUGCAACCUAGCUGAAAAUGUGUCCAGCAAAGUCCGUCAACUUGACCUGGCCAAGAACCGUCUCUAUCAGGCCAUUCAGAGAGCUGAUGACAUCUUGGACCUGAAAUUCUGCAUGGAUGGAGUUCAGACUGCUUUAAGGAAUGAAGAUUAUGAGCAGGCUGCAGCCCACAUUCAUCGAUACUUAUGCCUAGAUAAGUCAGUCAUUGAGCUCAGCCGACAAGGCAAAGAAGGAAGCAUAAUUGAUGCCAAUCUGAAAUUACUUCAAGAAGCUGAGCAACGUCUCAAAGCCAUUGUAGCAGAAAAAUUUGCCAUAGCUACCAAGGAAGGGGAUUUGCCCCAGGUGGAACGUUUCUUCAAGAUCUUCCCACUGUUGGGUUUGCAUGAAGAGGGAUUAAGCAAAUUCUCAGAAUACCUCUGCAAGCAGGUAGCCAGUAAAGCUGAGGAGAACUUACUGUUGGUGCUAGAGUCGGACAUGAGUGACCGAAGAGCUGCAGUCAUCUUUGCAGACACACUCACUCUCCUGUUUGAAGCUCUUCUUAUUCCUUCGGCUCUGUGUUUCAGGGAACUGGACCCCAUCCUUACUGAAGUCACUCUAAUGAAUGCCCGCAGUGAGCUGUACUUACGCUUCCUCAGGAAGAGAAUCAGUUCAGAUUUUGAGGUGGGGGACUCCAUGGCCUCCGAAGAAGUAAAGCAAGAGCACCAGAAGUGCCUGGACAAACUGCUCAAUAAUUGCCUACUGAACUGUACCAUGCAAGAGCUAAUUGGCUUAUAUAUUACCAUGGAAGAGUACUUCAUGAGGGAGACUGUUAAUAAGGCUGUGGCCCUGGAUACCUAUGAGAAGGGCCAGUUGACAUCCAGCAUGGUGGAUGAUGUCUUCUACAUCAUUAAGAAGUGCAUUGGGCGGGCUCUCUCCAGCUCUAGCAUCGACUGUCUCUGUGCUAUGAUCAACCUCGCCACCACUGAACUGGAAGAUUACUUCAAGAAUGUUCUGCAUAACAAGCUACGGAUGGGCUUCCCAGCCACCACCUUACAGGACAUCCAGCGCGGGGUGACCAGUGCUGUGAGCAUCAUGCACAGCAGCCUUCAGCAGGGAAAAUUUGACACCAAAGGCAUUGAGAGCACUGACGAGGCCAAACUGUCCUUCCUGGUGACUCUGAACAACGUGGAAGUCUGCAGUGAAAACAUCUCCACUCUCAAGAAGACUCUGGAGAGUGACUGCACCAAGCUCUUCAGCCAGGGCAUUGGAGGAGAGCAGGCUCAGGCCAAGUUUGACAGCUGCCUUUCUGAGUUGGCUGCAGUGUCCAACAAAUUCCGAGACCUUUUGCAGGAAGGGCUGACGGAGCUCAACACCACAGCAGUCAAGCCACAGGUUCAGCCUUGGAUCAACACCUUUCUCUCCGUCUCUCAUAACAUCGAGGAGGAAGAAUUCAAUGACUAUGAGGCCAAUGACCCCUGGGUACAGCAAUUCAUCCUAAACCUGGAGCAGCAAAUGGCAGAAUUCAAGGCCAACCUGUCUCCAGUCAUCUAUGACAGCCUGACCGGCCUCAUGACAAGCCUUGUCGCCGUCGAGCUGGAGAAAGUGGUGCUGAAAUCCACCUUCAACAGGCUGGGUGGUCUGCAGUUUGACAAGGAGCUGAGGUCACUCAUUGCUUAUCUCACAACUGUGACAACUUGGACUAUCCGAGACAAGUUUGCCCGGCUUUCCCAGAUGGCUACGAUCCUCAAUCUGGAGCGGGUGACAGAGAUUCUAGAUUACUGGGGUGCCAACUCUGGCCCUUUAACUUGGCGCCUCACUCCUGCUGAAGUGCGCCAAGUGCUGGCUCUGCGCAUAGAUUUCCGCAGUGAGGACAUUAAGAGGCUGCGCCUGUAGAUGAUAGGGGGAGUCCACCUGGCUCUUCAAAGCUCAGGGCCUACUCCCUGAGUAGCCCCAGACAAACGGGUGAGCUCCCAGCACAGACUGUACCACUGCUGAGAGCCAGAAAACAAGGCCUGGCCACCCCCUCAGACCUGACUGGGUGGGACUUUAGAACAACCUGUCCCCAUUGAGAGAAGUGGGAGAGCCAGGGCAGACAGCAGACAGCCGUCAGCGUUCCCGCCCCUGGGCCUUCUCACUCUCACACUACAGCAAUGGCACUGCCCCUGCCAGCCUUGGAGAGCAUCCGGGGACUUGGAAUUGGGUUUCACUUCAAGGCGAGGUUGAUGCUAAUGAAUAAACAUCAGAAUAAGACA